AGUAUUUUUACAAAAGAUAACACACCUGCGUGAUAAUGUUGAAAAUGUUCGAAUAAGUUACAGUGGCAGAGUAUCCCGUUAGGAUCAGAACGUGUCGUUUUUUAUUUAGAAUGCUCCGAAUUGUCGUAUUCUUGUGCGUCGCAGCCGCCGCAGUGACUGCGCAGACCACUUCUGUCACACAAUGUUCCCGCAACCCCGGCGAGUUGCCAUUGAACGCGCACGUGGAGGGCUGCCUGACGCCGCCCUGCCUGCUGCCGCAGUUACAGGACGCCGUCAUCAACGUCGUCUUCCACACCCCGCGUGUGCUGCGCUCGAUGACUACGAGGGCGACGGCGCUGCUGCAGCUGGGCGCCAUCACUUUGCCGGUGGAGUACAAUCUGGCGGAGAACGCGGACACGUGCCGCUUCCUCACCAACACCUACUGCCCUCUGUUGGCCGGCGAGGUAGUUUCCUACACCCUGCGCAUGUUCAUCGAGCCCUUCUUCCCGGUCGGCACGUCGUUGAACAUCGAGUUCCGCGUGGUGGACGAUUCGGAGGAGCCGGUGUGGUGUAUCCGCAUGCCCAUUCAGAUCGUGGCGCCCCUCGCCGCCCGCAGCGCACCUGCCAUUUCACCAACACCAUCUAACUCCACACUCUCCAUACAUACAUAAUAACUAAAUAACAAUAGUAUAAUGUACUAUAAUACUAGUAACAUAUCACAAAUAAGAUUUUAUAAUGAAAA